GUUCUGACCAUUUGAGGCACAAGGAGCAGCAUGAACUUAUACAAGGAGGCGUCAUGGUUUCUCUCUUCGAAUGGGAAGGAAGGGUCCUUGCAGACAAGGAUCUUCAACGCGUCACAGGCGAAGAAGGUGAAGACCAACCCGAAGCACUUGUAUGCGCUUGUGUCUUCCACGUUGAAGUACAAGCCCUAUAUAAAGAAGAUCAUCAAGAGCGCUAAGCUGCUGGAGCUUGAGAAGGCGCUGAAGGAGCCCAUGGCGUUGCUGCUGGUGCAUGAUCUGCUGUUCACCAAGUCUGGUCGUAUUCAGAUGGGGAAGACUCCUCUGAAGGAGUCAGUGCUGAGGCACAAGACCAGGCUCAAUGCCGAGCUGACAAAACUAAAGCUGAAGCAUAAGGUCAAGUCCUUAGAUGAGCUGAUAGAUGAAGACGACACCCCUGUGAGAUGGUUUAGGGUAAACACUUUGCUAGCGGAUGUCGAUUCUGUGCUGUCAUCGCUGGACUUGAAAGAGGUUGCCUCUGUUGGUAAACUGCAGCCUGGCUGUAUCUACAGGGAUGAGUACAUACCCAAUUUGUUUGGAGUUAGCCCGAAGGAGAGGGUCACACAAUCUGCUCUUUACGAAAAUGGCUCUAUCAUCAUACAAGAUAGAGCGUCGUGCUUCCCUGCCUUCAUUCUGAACCCACAAGAGGGCGACUCUGUCAUUGAUGCCUGUGCUGCUCCUGGUAACAAAACUACUCACCUAGCAGCACAUGUUGGUCCGAGGGGAGCCAUCACAGCCUUUGAGAGAGAUAUUAGACGCUCAAACAUCCUAAAGCAGAUGGUUAAGAAAGCAGGAGCAGACUCCAUUGUUACUGUCAAUGUCGGUGACUUUACACAUUCAAACCCUGAUGAUUUUACAGACGUCACAGGUCUUGUUGUGGACCCUUCUUGUUCAGGAAGUGGUACAUUUGGAAGAGCAUACGAGGAGGAGAAUCCUCAAGACUCUUACAGCGAAGAAAGAUUGCAGAAGCUAUCAUCGUUCCAGUUCUCAAUAGUGAAGCAUGCGUUGAGCUUCCCCUCUGCGAAGAAAGUUGUCUAUUCAACGUGUUCCAUCCAUGCACAGGAAAAUGAGCGUGUUGUUGUAGAUCUUUUAAACGAUUCAAACGUGAAGAGAGCAGGCUGGAGAGUAGCCAACAGAUCCAGAAUCAUACCUAUGUGGCAUAGAAGAGGUUUAGUUGAAGAGUUUGAAGGGUUCCCAAACCCUGAACAAUUGGCUGGAGGAUGUGUCAGAGCUUUGCCCAAAGUUGAUGGAGGCAUUGGGUUCUUUGCAGUGCUUUUCGAAAGAGAUUCCACUACUGAAGAGGGAUCGGUUGACCACUCAGCUGGGAAACAAGCUGUUCAACCAUCACAGGAACAAGUGAAGUCACAGGGACAGCCUGACUCAGAAUCAGAACCGGAAUCAGACUACGAAGAAUGGAAUGGCUUUGACUAAUUUCUACAAAAUACAUAAGCUCAUAUAAAUUGAUCAUUCGAAGUUA